CGAAUAUUGAAAAAGCCUUAAAAUACGAAAUUAACAAGCACCAAACAUUAUUUUCACAAGGGCAAAAACCCCCAACCAGUCAAACACUUGGAUUUGACGAGGCUCAACAAAUUACUAUUGCCCACCGAGAAAAAACCGAUUACUACUAUUUGCCAGAA